AUGGUGAACAAUAUUGGCGAUAUUAACAUUGCAUCGUGGAGUGCUCGAGGUGGCUGGAAGGACAAUGCGUAUCUUUUCUCGGUCCCCAAGCUUUGUACGGCAGCCCGAACUAUGGCCCCCUCUCUCUGGCGGAAGGGCAUGGUGGCCCUGUUCAACGACCCCAAUGCUGCCUGCCCGUUUCCUCCGGGAUCAUACUCCUUCCGCAACAUGUCCACCAACUUCGACAUAAAAGCGGUGCCGUCGUUCUUCUACGGCAAAUGGCGCGCAACCGGAAAGCUUUUUCGGACUUCGACGCGGGUGCUGCUGGCGUGUGCUAGAGCUUUUGGGUCCACUGUGCCUAAACUGCACCAAGCAGGCAACCCUCAACACCGUAUGGCCUUUAAUGUUCUUAGGAAAACACCACUCAAAUCUCGAUUGGAUAUCCAGGUUUAG